GAUGAGCCGCUGUUGUCACAACGUCACAUCCGAGUCAGUCAGUGGCGGGCUGUAUGUUUCUCCACAGUUCGACUCUGCUCUUUUCACUUAUUGUGUUCUUCAUAUCAGUAGCUAACUAAAAUGUAAAAGGUGGCGUAAAGAGAAAUAUACCCGUAGCAACGUUCGUGUGUCUCUGUGCUUUGUGCUGUCGCAUUUAUGUUGUCCUGACCCUCCCCAGUGAUCGCUGUCAUCAUGUCCCAGACCAACUCUCCUCUCCUCGACGAGGUGGUGCAGUGGAGUCAGGAAACCUGCCGCCAGGAGCUCAAGGCUGUCCUGCCAAAACUCACCUCUUUGCAUCAUAAGUCGGAGAGUUGGGAUGAUCAUAUACGUGUACUGAAGAUAAUUACAGAAAUGUUCCUCCCUCAUAUUGGGUUGUCAGAGCUUGAAGAUGAGUGCUUAUCCAAGAUCUUACCAAAGGUAGUGACGAUGUUUGACAGCAUGGUGAAAGAAAUCUUGGACCAAGUUGGGGGGUUGUCCAGUCAAAAUACGGAGCUGUGUUCCUUACUGAGGAACAUUCUGCAGGCAAUGAUGCAGAUAAUUGAUGCACUGUCCACUUGUGUGCGUCACGUUGGCACAUUUGAGGAAGUACCUGACCUAGUGACUAUCCGCUCGUUACCAGCUUGUAUCCUGAAAAUCCUGAGGGAAACAUUUCAGCACUGCAAGGACAGUGAGGUGGUGUACUGUGGUCGUCUGUCCCUGGUGGCUGAUCUGCUGCAGGGACUCUUCAAGGAGGCCUACACCCUCCAGAAAGGUUUGUUGGAGCUGCUGGACAGGAUCUCCCUCGACAGCAGCGCCUCAGAGGAGGAGGUCUCUGAUAUUGUAACAGUGAUUCACAGCCUGCUGGAUAUCUGCUCUAUUAUCUCCAACCUGGACAUAGCACUACAUGCAAACACAUGGAAAUUCCUCAUCAAGCAGAGUUUGAAGUACCAGUCAUUGGUUGAGGAACAUUUACAUCACAGUGACAUCUGCAACAGCCUGUGUGACAACCUGUUGACCUCCUUUCACAACUGUGUGGAGCUGGCUGAACAGAUUAAACAUGGAGGUCUGCAGGAGGCAACACAAAGCACAGAAUACAAGCUGUUCCAGAAAUCUGCAAAGAUGUGCAGAUUUUUUGCCAACACUUUGGUUCAUUACAUAAAGGAAUUCAAAUUUUUUCUGGCAAAAUAUUGUAGCUGCUUUCACCAACUCUACAUCCAGAUCAUCAGUAAGUUCCCUCCCAGCCUGUGUGCUCCAGCGCUUCCCUCGGCUCUGUCCGAGGAGCUGAAUGCAGCAGCUCUGGUUCCCAUGGAGGCUCUCUUACUCCAGCUGUUGGCUUUCAGGCCCUUUGUUGAUGUUGUCCUCCUGCCAGACCUCCGGUUAAGUCCUGAACAUGAGCUUCCUCAGUGUCUUUUGCUGGUGAACGCCCUAGGUCAGCUCAGUUCCCAAACAGAGGAGGUGCUGCAACUUUGGUACUCUGGCAGCCAGUUCUCAGAAGAGACACCCAGGCUGCCUCUCUACCAGGCGCUGUUCACCAGCUUUAGGCGAUGCAGUACUGAGCGUCAGGUGCCGGUGCUGUUGCCAGGGCUGAUGAUGAAGGGUCAGGCCCAAAUCAAGGUCACUCUGCACCACCACAUCUGUGUACAGCUCUGUGCCAGUGUGGCUGCACUUCCUCCAGUGUACUUUCCUGUGCUGGAGCGCUGUUUGGCAGAUGCUGUGCUGGAGGCUGAUACACAAACAGCUCUGUUGGCAACAGAUGUAUGGUGCUUUACAGCACGGUAUGGGACAGCCGAACUUUGUCUUCAUCAUGUCUGCCUCAUUGCUCAGCUGGUGAAAGCUUGCACCACUGAGUGUUACCAGUCGUUCCACCUGGGCCUGCUGCUCAGACGCCUGGUCUUCCUCAUGACGCCGAGCCACCAGAUGGAGCUGGUGGCACGGUUCCCACCCUCUGAGGUGGAAAACCUUCAAGUGUGGCGACAUGUCCUCCUCAGAGCUCUUUCACAAGAUGCCCGUUACCGUGUAGUGACAGACAUCAUUGGCCUGACUCAGAAAGCUCUGACUGACUGGCAGAAUGGAGGGUACAAACUAGGACAAGUGCACAAAGUGAAUGUGGUGCUGUUAGCCCUCCAAGCAGCAGUUCGUGAGCAGUCAUCUCCAGAAGAGCAGUGUGUGCUGUCUGCAGUGAGGAUCAUCACACAGCUCUGGUCACGAAUGAGUCCAGACCAGCUGCAGACCCACCCUGUCCUCCGUAGUACUCUGCAGCUGCUUCUGUCAAUAUCAGCCAUUUUAGUGAAGAACCUCGAACAUCAUAUCAUCCUUCAGGCUUUGCUGUGUGUGGAUGCUGUUGUGUCUCAGGGGUGUGCAGAGCCUCAGCUGCUGCUGGCUGCUCUGGAGUUGCUCUCCUCUCUGGGGACGAUCUUUGUUCCUCCCGACAGCCAGAAUCAAAUUCUGCCGAGGCUGAGCAGCCUGUUUGGAGUCCUGUUGUCUGACAGAUCCUGGCUGCUCCACCAGCAUGCCCUGGAGGCCUUUUCUCACUUUGCAGAGAUCACAAACCACGAAGAGGUCAUCUCCCAGAGUUUGUGUGACGAAGAUACCAAGACAAAGGUGGUGAACUAUCUUAGCAAGACUGUGAAUGCACAAGGAGAUGUGGAAUCACGGCUCCAGAGGCUCAAGCUGGAGUCGGCAGUUAUUGACCAACACAAUAAGAGGCUGGAAAAAGCUUCCAACAAACAGGCUGCUGACGCAGUUGUAGAUUCAGAGCCAUGCCCAAAGAGAGCUCGGCAGGAGACCAGUGCAGAGGAGGAGUACAGCCGCUACAUCCAGACAGCUGAGAGUGCUUUGAAAGCCCUUCAGGCUCUCAGUGCACCACCUCCACAGUGGCUGGGAUCCAGACUAAAGGAGCUGCAGACCCUCAUAACCAACAUUAGUACAGCCAGACACACAACAUAGCUGCUCCAGUUCAUUUUCCAUUCCCAGAUUGUGUACUUUUUUGUAUAGAAAAUAUAUUUAAUUACAGCCUGACCCUGUGGAAGGCUAUUUACCCUUUACUGCUGCUGCUGAAAAUGUUAUUCACUUUUUAAACCUGUGUUGAAUCUUGAUUGAUGCUGUUGUUUAUUAAACUUUUUUUUGAUUACAAAGCA